CAUUAGAGGAGGAGGUCAAAUUUCUUUUUGUAUAUGAUUAUCCAGUAUCUGAAGGAUUAGCUAUUCAACAUAUGAAUUCAUUUAUUAAACUUGCACAAGCCCUAGAUCGCAUUUUUGUACUUCCAAAUGUUGGGGAAUCUCAUAUUGGAUCAUGCCAAACGUUACCAUUCAAUAUUUAUUAUUCCAUAGAUUUUCUUAGACAAAAAUACCCGAAAGUGACAUUCAUCACUCAAAUGGAAUUAAUUGAAUGGUCUAGAUCACAAUCAGAAUAUACAAAAGUUCACCAUGCGUAUAUUGAAAAAGGAGGGAUUAAUACUUUCGUGGAAAUCGACAAUAUAGAUUAUAAAUCAUACAAUACAACAUGUCUAUAUAAACAACUUUUAAUAAAUUAUAAUAUGACGAGUUAUCAGAAAUUCCAUAUGGGAAAAGGGUUCUGGAAGCUUGAUAUAAUACGAGAAAAAUUUACGAAAAUUUUGAUCGAUAACCUACAAACCGAAGCGCAAAUAAUGCUUAUGAGUUAUAAUAUGUAUCUAGACUUUUUCCCAGAAGAAAUAUCUUAUUCAAUUUAUUCAAAAGACAUUUUAGUUGAAGCGGAUAGGAUUAUUAAUAAAUUACAACCAUUUAUUGCAAUAUAUUUGAAUGUUGAAUUUAACAAAUCAACUCAAUUAGAAUCAUGUGCAAGACAUUUAGUUGAAGCUUUAAAGAAAUUUGAACACGUUUUUAAAAUUAAAAAUAUUUAUUUCACCACCAUCAAUAAAGGAACAUCUAUAUAUGAUAUAUUAAUCGAGCAUCAACAAGACAUGAUGAAAACAUUAAAUCAAAAGAUGUCAUUCAAUAAUUUGAUUUCGAUGGAAUCUUUUAAUAAGAAUUUAACAGAUGCUGAAAAUUUACAAGAUUUCGAUUAUGUCAAUUUCAUUGAAGACAUUAAAGAAUUUGAAGGAACAGGGAUUUAUGAAAUAUUGGAUAAAUUGGUAUCUAUUAAUGCAGAUUAUUUUCUAGCUGAUCUUUCAGGAUGUCCAUCAAUAGCGGACAGCUUUAGGGAUCAUGUAGUAAAAGCCAGAAAAACUAUGAUUUUUAAUGAAGGAAAUCAAAAAUUAAAGAAUG